AUGGCACAAAAAGACACGCUUUUGCACCUUUUCGCUGGGGGGUGCAGUGGAACCGUGGGAGCCAUAGUGACAUGUCCUCUGGAGGUACUGAAAACACGGUUGCAGUCUUCGGGGCUCGCCCUGCGGCCUGUGUACCAGGUUCAGCUCAGUGGCACCGGUGCUGGGGUGAUCCGUCCCGGAACAGUGACUCCCGGCCUGUUUCAAGUCUUACGGUCAAUCCUUGAAAAAGAGGGUCCACGAUCACUAUUCAGAGGUCUGGGACCAAAUCUUGUCGGUGUAGCUCCAUCAAGAGCCAUUUACUUUGCUGCUUACUCAAAGUCAAAAGAGCUGUUCAAUGGGGUGUUUGUGCCCAACAGUGGACUGGUGCAUAUGUCCUCUGCAGGCUCUGCAGCGUUUGUGACCAACUCUCUGAUGAACCCCAUCUGGAUGGUCAAGACCAGGAUGCAGCUGGAGAAAAAUGUGGAGGAGGAGAGGAGGUCAGUGUGGAGGAGGAGAGGAGGUCAGUGUGUGUGGAGGAGGAGAGGAGGUCAGUGUGUGGAGGAGGAGAGGAGGUCAGUGUGUGGAGGAGGAGAGGAGGUCAGUGUGUGGAGGAGGAGAGGAGGUCAGUGUGUGGAGGAGGAGAGGAGGUCAGUGUGUGGAGGAGGAGAGGAGGUCAGUGUGUGGAGGAGGAGAGGAGGUCAGUGUGUGGAGGAGGAGAGAGGAGAUCAGGCCCCACAAUCCCUGGACAGCUGCUUCUGUUCAGUCAUCAACAAGUUUGUGGAGCAUAGUGGAGGAUAUAGUUCCCUUAAGAUCUCCCCCAUUUGA